CUUAAUGAUUAACUCUUUGCUAAGCGAUGGUGUCGUUAUUAGAUCGGAACAACUCUGAAUGUUUGAACUAUAACAGUAGCGUAUCUAACUUCAAGAGUUUAGCUAGUGCGGAAGAGAAAAACGAAGAAUGGAGAAAAUCAAUAAGAGAGACCGUCGAAAAGGCUAUUACAUCAAAAGUGGAGCAGCGCUUGGAUACACCGCCAUUAGAAAGAAUGAGAAGAAGACAGCGGGAAGCGAGAACGAAAAAAGAGCAGCAGCUGAGAGACCUGGAGCAGAAUAUGAUUCUUUCGCAAUCUGCAAACGCGGGUUUGAUCGGGGAUUCAUGGAAACGAAAAUUUGCUAAUCUUGACAAUGGAAUCACAGAUUCAGAAUUCUUGAAGAAGUUAGAUAGGAUGAAAAAUCCACGCGGAGUUUCGGCAAUUCCGGUAUCAGAUCAGCCAUCGUCAUCGUGUUCUAGCUCGGCCGACGUCAAUGUGCUUAGUUAUAACUCACCCUCGGCGAACGAAAGCAAGCUCGCCAAUAACACGGUUCCAAGUGACUGGAUCGACUCAAGUGAUAACAGUGAUAACAUAUUUUCGACGACAGCCUACGAAACAAAGAGAAUGCUGUUUCGAAAAUUCUGCAAGGAAGGAUUCAAGGAAGCAGUGAGAAAUGGAAGUAUUCAAUCCACGGACUGCAAAGGAGUUUUUGCGGAUGAAAUUGGAAUGGAACUAUCUUACGAUGGACCCUUUUGGCCUAGUGGUUACGGACCUUUGGUCAAAACUCCAAAUCAUAUUAUAGACGUUCCAAAAAAUCCAGAACUUCUAUCUUUUGCUUUAGGCGAGAACAACAAUGGUGCUGAUUCGAGUAGCCAAUCAGGACCGUGCAAUACUAGCAACAGGACUGUGUCCAAUAGUAGUGUUAACAACGAGCGAGCCCGCUAUGUGCAAUAUCCUCUAUGGGAGUCGCCUCUCCUAGUCUACGAUUCCUCGAGAUUCGUAACAUCCCCAGUUCCCCAUGAGGUUCCAGAGAACUCACUGCCUUCCUUAGUUUUUGAGUCCCGAUUCGAGUGUGGAAACUUGGCCUUAGCUUUUAGAGUAGGUGAAUUGGACUACGAGUUGGUGUUGCGAGCAGAUCUGUUCACGGAUAGACACACUCAGUGGUUCUACUUCAGAGUGGGCGGCAUGGUUCCCGGAGUGAGCUACUGCUUCAAAAUCAUCAACCUAUCCAAACCUGACUCACUCUACAAUUGUGGCAUGCGUCCGCUGAUGUAUUCUGAAAUCACGGCCAUUGGCAAAUCAAUUGGGUGGCAUAGGAUAGGUCACCACGUCACCUACUCUCCCAAAACAGAAGUGAAAUGUGCCAAAUACUGCAAGACUGGAGUGCCGCUGUCGUCCUCAGCCGAACUGGAGUUCCAGUUUGCAGUUCUUUCGUGGCAAGUGGAAUUCACACACAAAGGAGACAUGUGCUACUUCGCUCAUUGCUACCCUUACACUUUCACAAGAUUACGAAACUUCAUAGGUCUUCUGUGUGAGAAGAACGGAGCGAAGAAGUGUCUUAAGAAGGAGACGCUCUGUGAAACUCGAGCUAAAAACACUUGCUACCUUUUGACCAUAACGAACCAAGAUGUUGCUGACCGGGACAAGAGGGGCGUGGUUGUGAGUGCUCGGGUACACCCGGGAGAAUCAAACUCUAGUUGGAUGAUGGAGGGGUUCUUAGAGUUCAUCACUAGUGAUAAUCACGUAGCACAGAUGCUGCGGGACAAGUUCAUCUUCAAAGUAGUCCCGAUGUUGAACCCAGACGGGGUGAUAGUGGGCAAUUACAGAUGUUCCUUAUUUGGAAAGGACCUCAAUAGGAAUUACAGGAAGCCGAAAAAAGACUAUUUUCCAACUAUUUGGGCCACCAAAAGCAUGAUGGAUCGUCUUGCACAACGAUGUGAAGUUACUCUUUACAUUGACAUGCACGGGCAUAGUACACGCCAAAACGUGUUCAUGUACGGAUGUGAUUCGAUGUAUAGAGAUGAAAGCAUAAACAACUACAAUGGAUCCGGAAAUAACGGGACAUCUGGAGCCUUUCAAUGUGGCCUUGCAGCAAACGGAGCUGGAUCAGCGGGUGGAAAUCAGUCGUCGUCAUUCAAUGAAGGCUUUCUCAGUGAGAGGCUGUUUCCAUUCCUUAUGUCGUUAAAAGCGAGUGACAAAUUCAGUUUCAAGUACUGCAAGUUUAAUAUAAAGAAGAGCAAGGAGAGCACUGGAAGAGUGGUGGUGUUCCGUCAGUACAAUAUCCCGAAUGCAUAUACCAUGGAGGCCACCUUCUGUGGGACGACCCUCAGUGGAGCCAAUCGUCACUUCAAUUCCAAUGACUUUAAGGCUAUUGGGAAAACACUGACCGAAGCUCUGCUCGAUUAUUCUCGCGCUCUCGAAGAUGAACAUGCCGAGUCGAGGUACAUUUUGGAGCUGACUCGUGCUGUUACCCGCCAGUUCAUUUUGGACCUCCCGAAGAAGACUGCGGCGGGAGAUCAAGCUAACAACAGUAGAGCAGACGAUUCUACGUCAGAAAAGGAACUGGCCAAACGCAAACAGAAAUUGGAAGAAAUAUCGGGACAACUGUCGAAAUCGAGGAGUCUCAAGGAGUGCUUCAAACUGCUGGAUUCGAUGAAAUCUCAAAACCAGGAUAGCAGUCAUGACUCAGACACUGACGAUUCAGACAGUGGCUCAGAGAAAGAGUUUCUGGGGACAGAGAAGAAAAAGAUAAAGGACGGUGCGAGGAAAAGAGGAAAGGGUUCUUGGUCGCAUGGAAAUAUGCCAAAUGGAGUCCGAUUCACAAGACAGAAAGAGCUAUUGGCUUCUUCACCAUUGACUGAAGAAUGGACAAAAGUUGCCGCUAAUUCGAAAAAGAAAUCGGUAAGCCUCAGCCCUAGUAUAAAAGAAGAACACGUGAAAGACAUCGACACAAACGAGGAAAAGACUAAAAGUUUGCGAAGGUUGCAGUCUGCUAAAGAUUUGCGAGCCUUGACGUUUUAUUCUCGAACAAAAGGUCCCCCCAAGGCUCUCCAAACGUCGCUUCUUCAAUGGAGAAAAUCGAAAUUUGAUUUUGACGCUGGAGUUUCUUUGAGGCAAUGCAAUCAGAAUAGCGUGUGCUGGGAACAAGAGUUGUCUAUGGCCGUUUCAAGGCUGCUCGAUAGCACGUUUUAUGCUCAACGCCCAACCAGGCCCUUCACUGUUGCGUCAGAAAUGGUGAAAAAGCGCCAUCUGAAUGCCAAAUUGUCCGAGUUUAACGAAUCGGGCAACUCAAACGGCGGAGGAGUUCAAUUGUCUGCACCAGCUUUGACUUCUUCGAUGGGGGCGAGAGCAAGUGCAGUGGUGAACGAACUCUCUUACACUUUGUUCAACAACCACAAACCACCAAUCAACGGGUCUUCGUCUUCCUCAUCAAACCCCAGUCAAUUGAUGGUGCCGGCCAAAAUGGGAAUCAAAUGUAUGGGCAGCGGAAGUGCUAACAGUGCCGUGAGCAGAAGUGCCGCUCUCAAUCCAUACGGUACCAGAACGAGCAAAGGGUUCCCUCUAUUCACAGAGGAAAGACUGAGGGAAAAACAGUUGAAGUUGAGUUUUCAGCAAGAGUAUAUUCUGAAGACGUUGCAAGAGCGCCACGACACUUUAGCACGCAAUAAUAUGGUGAUACCUGCCUCUUCGAAUUUAUUUGACAGUCCAACUGUUUGGGGAACUAAAAUUGAGAGCAAAACGGGGGGACUAUACCCCAGAAACGAGAAACAACAACCUUCGAAAUUGAUGAGGAAUGGCAAGGGGGCCACCCAGGAACCUCAUGGAAAGGCGAGUGCUAUUGCUUCGAGUGUAAUAACGGCCGCACUGCCCACUUCUGUUGUUCACCGCAAUGAGGGGGUGCCGAUUAUAUCGAAGACACAGUCAGCAAGCUCCAAUAUGAGACCCAAAUACGUGGUGACAGAAAAAACAGUAGAACGAGUAGGAACUGCAGGCAGUAGUAAUUUGAGCAGUAGUGUGGCAACAAACAGUCCUUUGUCUUUCAAACUACAAAACAAUCCUGAUUUGGACCAAGCUACCAGCUCUGCUAAACAAAUUGGCACGCAUAAGUCUCGUGCUGUGCCGAGAAACCAACCCACCGCAAGGCGUGGAGACUCUAAUUCCGGGGACGCAGCUGGACCCGACUGGAAACACAGAACUGGUGAACAUGACACAUGGGAAAAAAGCUCUCCAAUGUCAAGCAGACGUCAAAAGGAAUCAAAUCUGGGCUCGGAAUCUAAAACAGCGAUUAGUACAAUGUCCAAUUGUGGUAAAAGUAAUAUCUCAAGCAAGCCCUCCUCAACUAAACGGAGUCAAGACAUGCACAGACACUCACAGUCGCCCAGCUCGAAGAAAUCAGGGGCUCAGUCUGACAAAAGUAGUUCAGCGCAGGGUUUGUUGUCCAGAGAAAAUAGCAGAAACAAACGAACCGUAGACUCCAAAGUCAAAACUAAAAGCCGCUCAUCAAAAUCCAAAUAAAGGAAUAUAUAAACCUUUUAAUACAUAUAUAUAUAUAUAUAUUUGCUGUUGCUUUUCUAGGUUGUUAAGUGUCAAUGAACGGAUUAAA